AUGUCCAAUCUCGAAGAUUUCUUUUCCAAAAAGGAUAACAAAAAGUCAAAAAGAAGUCCCGAAUAUUUGGCGGCUGAGGAGCUGUACAAAACGCUCGAAGAAUCAACGAAGUAUUCGUCGGAGGACAACUCCAACCUGGAGGAUGCCUUUCAAUCGGAGGCAUCGGGAACUGAUUCUAAAGGAGCCUCAGCUUCGCUGAAAUUCGGGAUCCGUUUUUCAGAUGAGGCCUUCAGCGAAGAAGAUGAAUGGUCUGACUUCACCGAGGAGAAUCGUCGUCAAUUUACUAACGUGCCACGCACCUUAUCGAUCGCGCUUACAUCCCCUGCCCCUGCACCUGGCCCAUUCGCUGGUGGCGAUCUGAAGGAGGAGCCGGAGCAGCUGGACACUGGAGGUGAUGGCGUUGAUGUGGGAUCAAAGGAAGGGGAAAGCGCGCUCGCCACAACAUGUCCCUGGCAGAAGUCGGAGCAGGACAGCCACGAGCCGUCCAAGCAGAAUGAACAAUCAGACAGGAAAGCGAAUACCCCGGUGGUCAAGAAAGAAAUCUACAUUCCCCCGGCUCUCCGUCAGAGCCAGGGCGACUUUAAUAAACGCAAGGCGCAGCCACUUCAGCGCAAGGCUCCGUCUCCGAUGCCGUUCAGGCCCCAAGCCCCCGAUCUCAAUAGCCUGGAGUACUUUCCGUCCUUGAGUGACUCAAAGAUACUGAAGCGUUCCAAGUAA